AUGGAUAAAAUGAUUAAUGGAAGACCUGCAAAAACUGCAGAACAAACCCUUUCUAAAAUAAUGUCGAAUGAUGACAAAUUAUCCAACAAAGAAAAACAGGAUUUAAUGGCUGAUUUCAUUAAACACUUCUUUAAUGAAGAUGGGACCUUGAAUGAAAAAGCUCUUUUUGAAAUGUUUAUGGUUAACAAAGAGCUUCAUGAAAAUUUAUCUAGAACUAGAGACACUGUAUCUUACUUGAGAGAUCAAUUAUAUGAAUAUCAAAAAAGUAAGGGUACUGCCCAAACUUCUCCACACCAAAAGAAUCCUUUCAUAAAAACAAGUGCUUCAGGGACUAAGUCAAGUCAAUGCGGAAGAAAGUAUUACAACGCCUACUCAAGUUGA